UGAGCUGGACAGUCACUGCAGCGGACCGCUAGCAAACACAAUCAGUGCAGUGGACCGCUAGCAAACAGAUGGCAAUCGGUGGAUACCUUCACCCCUCCGACAGCGACCCCAUAGGACUUUCGGACUUCGUGCGAUGCUUCUGUGCGACUUCUGAGGGAAGUGCGACCAGGCAGCAUAGCGCGAAGGUAUACGAUCUGAGCAAGGCCCAUCUCUUCUGCAACACACCCGUCGCCCGCGUAGUGUUAAACAAUGACAGGUGCGCAACCGGACAUCGAGCUUGAAUCCGGACUCGUUCUUCAAGCUACCAAGGAAGUCAUAGUCUGCUGUGGUGCGCAACGUACACCACAACUACUAAUGCUCUCUGGUAUCGUUCCGGCCGAGAAGCUACACCGGCACAACAUCCCCCCUCCUGGUCAACUCGCCAGCCGUAGGCCAGAAUUACUUCGACCACUCCGCCCUUACCGCAUGUUACAGACUCAAACAUGCGUCCAAAGGGUACUCCAAACCCUUCACCAGCAAUUCCCAUCACAGUUACGGACAAGGCAUGCCCAUUGACUUCUCCCUGUUCACCGCCAUAC